CGGCGGCGCGGCGGUUGUGGGGAGCGCCGGUGCUCGGGCGGCGGCCGCGAUGGAGCGAGCGGGAGCGGCGGCACAACGCAGGAGCCAGAACUGCCAGGCAGCCAAGGAAAGGCUGAAAUGCACAAGUGCCAAACCCUUUUUAAAGGACUGGACUAAUCACCUGAACACACUCUUAGAACCAGUUUCUAAACUCAAGAGUGUUAACAGCAUCAAGGAUGUUCUUGGGACUGUGAUGGAGGGUGCUCAAGAGGAUGGCAAGCUUGGAGCCAAAUCCGUGCAGGACACUGGCCACACUGCUCUGAAGAAGGCUUCAAACACAUGCCAGAGAGCAGGAGGAGGGAACAAUGUGACAUUUCCUGCUUCUGCACAGGCUAGUGGCAGGCUCCCACCUUCAAGCUCUGGUCACCUAAAUCCAGAAAGGAGCCAGAAGCCUGCACAGGAGACUGUCACUGCAGCAGCACCACAGGUGGGAAAUGACCACUCUCUGCACUCCCUGAAUGUGGGGCUGCAGGACAGGCUGGUCUGCAAUAAGGAAAACCUUGGCCCACAAGCUUCCACAUCCUCAGAGCUGAUCAGAACUAUCCACUCCAAUAAAAACAGUCUCAGGAAGGAGGUGAGAGUGUCGGCCCACAGGCAAGAAAGAUCUGGAACAUCAAGGUCUGCUCUGGGUCAAAAAGGAAGUAUGGGCAACCACCAGGCUAAGGAAGAGACAGAUCUGGACAAAUUCAGGAAAACCCUGCCAGAAUCAAGAAGGUCUCAAAAUACAAGUAACACAGCUCAACCACUGCAGCCCUCUAGGCUCCUUCCUGCUUCUACUGGUAUGACACAUAAAAACCCAGGGACAAAGCAAGGAGAAGGCACUGCUGUGAGGCAGCCUGGCACAGCUCCAGGGGGGAGCCUCAAGCACAGCCAGUCUCCCCCAGUGAGAUUUUCCACCUUGGGCAAGUCCCAGGGCACCACAAACCUGAAAUCCAACCUGAACUCCAGAGUCACUUUGCCAUGGCCAAGGCCUGUGGUUAAAGAGAAAAUGGAGAGGAAGGACAUGAAGGUGGUGGCUCCUGGACACACGGCAGCAUCCCGAGGGACAGGUCACCAACACCAGUCUCACAGCAUACACAACUCCAAAACUCGUGUCCCUGAGGAUGAUUUGAGAAGCAGGAGAGAUCAGCCUGAAGCAGAGCUGCUGAAGGCAGGUGGCAUGCAGGCUGGGCGUGUUCCAAGGACCCCAUCAGCUGCAGAUCGUAGGAAGCAGCUGGAGGAGUGGUUGGCAGCCAAAGGCAAGACUUACAAGCGGCCGCCGAUGAUGCUGCUCCAGAAGCAGGCAGUGAAACCAUCCUGCAGAAAGGUCAAGGCAACAGAGGAGCAAGAGAAUCCAGAGCAGCGCUACCAAGCAAAGAUCAACAGCAUAUUUACUGAGUGCCUGAAGCUCAUUGAGGAGGGUGUCCAUGCAGAGGAGAUCUCAGCAGUGCUGUCCCUUGUGCCCCAGGCAGAGAAAUUUGCCAAAUUCUGGAUCUGCCAAGCCAAGCUGCUGGCCCGGAGCGGCCCCUUUGAUGUGUUGCAGCUGUACAGAGAAGCAGUCAGUGCUGGGGCUGAGCCAGUCGAAGAGCUCAGACAGACUGCUCUCAAGAUUUUGAAGGAUGCAGGCCAACAGCUGGAAGGAGAAAAGGCAGAGGAACCCAUUCCUUGGGAGCCUACCACGCCUUGUCCAGCUGAGAGGCAACCCAUGGCAUCAACUCCAGGCCUGGUGGGGAGGCCCAUGACCUCCCUCCCGCCCUCAGUCAAGCUACAGGUUACAUCUGCAUCCAGAGGAAAGGAGUUCCUGGAAGGCCCAGAACUGAAGUUUGUAACUCCGGUGCGGCGCUCCCUGCGGACCGAGAGGGCUCAGAGUCGCUACCCCGAGAUGCUGAAGGACCACGACCCUGUGGUGUCAUCCCUCAGUGAAAUCCUGGAUGCUGAGGAGGACACUCGCUUCUUCUUCCGAAGAAACAAGGCUUUGCCAGAAGUGGCAGAGCUGGAGGGCUUGAGUUCAUAUUCCCCCACAAGCUGCUGAGGGUGCCCAGCAGGAGCAGGCUGCCUGCCCACCCUGCUGCCUUCUACACACACUCCUGAGUGCUUGAGGCUUCCUGCUGGAGCUGGCUGCCUCACAAUAAUAAUUUCUCCUUGCUUUGUCCCUGGGGUUUCAUGUAUCAAACUCUUGCUGCCCCUCAGAUGUAGAGGGGAGGGCUUGGCACAGAAUAAGCACGGAUCAAAUAAAUAUCUCGAUCUGGUUUUAAAUAUCUAAA